AUGAAGUUACUUUGUUUAUUGUACUCAUUAUUCUUCUUCUUCGUUGCAGGGGUUCUGGCUAGAGGAAAGUUUGAAUGGUAUGGAAAAACAAUUACAUUAUACUCUUGUGUUUACGAAAUAAACUAUUUAAAAGACUUCCAUUUUUGCCCACCAACUGAUCGUACUUGUUUGUGUUCUAAUGAAAAUUCAAGAGCUACUUUGGCAGGGUGUUUUGCAUACAAGGAUAGAAACUCGACUUAUUUGGUUGAUUAUGUUGUUGGUUACUGCGCUAGAUAUUUCGAGACUGAGUUGGAAGCCAACUGGUUUGACAAAUCUUAUGAGCGUUUUACCAAUUAUGCAAGAAACCAAUCUGAGAUAGAACCAACUGAAGAACCGAUUGAUUUCCCAUUGAGGUUCCUGCUGAAGGAUAUGGACUUUUACCUGGAAAUUGCUAAUAGAUUCUUAUUAAAUUAUGAUAACUCGAUUUGGUAUGGUGUGUCUGUGUUUGGAUUCUGGUUGCUAGUUUUAAUUGUUAGUCUGAUAAGUUAUUGGACUAAGGUUUUGUUUCCAACAGCAACUAAGAGGUUGGUCGGACCUGUUGCCAACUUCUAUAGAAAACAUGUUUCAAUGCCUGCUUUAUAUGGCAAGAAUAAGGCACAGGAGAUGAGAGGAUUUAAAGUUUUCGAUGGGUUAGUUCCAACUAGAUUUGAAAUGAUUGUGAUUGCUUUAUUUUACAUAUUCGUUAUAAUUAUUCAUGCAGUCAACUCCCGAGCACUUAAAGGUGAUCCAGUCUUUGGAUCUACUUACUUAGCUGAAUUAAGAUAUGUUGCUGAUAGAACUGGUAUUGUCGCUAUUUUUAUGAUGCCAUUAUUGUUUUUAUUUGCUGGACGUAAUAACUUCUUACAGUGGCUUACUGGGAUCAACUAUUGUACCUUCCUUUGUUACCAUCGUCAUAUUGCCAGAGUUAUGUUUAUGUUAGUUGCAAUACAUUCGGUUAAUUAUACCAUCCUUCUUGUCAACCGUAAAUAUUUCGGUGAAGAAUUGAGAGAACCAUGGCUCUACUGGGGACUUAUUGCUACUAUUGUCGGAGGUAUAAUGUUGAUCCAAAGUAUCCUCUAUCUCAGAAGAAACUGGUAUGAAUUGUUUCUUUUAGUUCAUAUUGUAAUGGCUGUAUUGUAUGUUGUUGGAACUUGGAUUCACAUUGAUGAUUUUGGAUAUGGAAUAAUCCUAUAUCCUACUAUUGCUGUAUGGAGUUUUGAUAGACUUGUUAGAAUAGGUAGAUUAUUGUACUUUGGAUUCCCUGAAGUCAAUGUCAAGUUGGUCGGUGAUGAAACCAUUAAGAUGUGUAUUCCUAAACCAAAGCACUGGAAAAUCAUUCCUGGUGGUCAUGCUUUUGUUCAUUUCAUAAAACCAACCUACUUCUGGCAGUCACAUCCAUUCACCUUUACGAAUUGUUCCGAUCAAGGUGAAGACAAGAUUGUGAUGUACAUGAAAGUUAAAGGUGGUGUUACGCACAGUUUAUACAAAUUGUUAAACAAAUCGCCAGGAAAAAUGACUACUAUGAGAAUUGGUAUUGAAGGACCAUAUGGAGAAUCAACCCCAGCCAAGUAUGCAGAUAAAGCAGUUUUCAUUGCUGGUGGUAAUGGUAUUCCAGGAAUUUACUCUGAGAUCUGUGAUAUUGCUUUAAGAUCAUCACCCGAGAGAAAAUCAGUAUUGAAGUUAGUCUGGGUUAUCAGAGAAUAUAGCUCAAUACUUUGGUUUUACGAUGAACUUGUAAGAUUGAAAAACACAAAUAUCGAAACUACCGUUUAUGUUACUAGGCCAGAUGUUUCAAUUACUAAUGCAGAUGAAUUUACUCACAUUGGAAGUUCACAAGAUGGUUCCAUCAAAUCUAGCGAAGAAACAAAAUCUAGCUCUAGCUCCUUUGAUGGUGCAAAUGCUGUUGGUAAAUUGAAAGAGGAAUUAUCUCAUGUACACUUUGAGGAAGGAAGACCAGAUAUGGAACAAUUAGUUCAAGAUGAAAUCAAAGAAUCACCAGGAUCGACUGCAUUUGUUACUUGUGGUCAUCCAAUAAUGGUUGAUGAAAUUCGUUAUCAUAGUUGUAAAAAUAUCGAUAAUGAAGAGAAGAAGAGAGUAGAUUUCUUCGAACAACUUCAAGUUUGGGCUUAA